AUAAGGGCGAAGCAGGAAGCGGUGCAUAUUGCACACGCAUCCAAAAAAGGCCGCAGUGCCCCGAAAGCAGCAGCGUUAGAGAAAAAGGUUUUGCCGAGUGGGUAUUGGCCACCCUUCCUCAAAAGCAGAGAUAUUUAGAUUUAGACAAACAAAAGCUCCCAAAGCAAGACUUGAGAAAAAACCAAAAAGCUGAGAGUAAUGGCUAAGUCUGUCCCGAUUUUAACCUGCGUUACUGCCCUCCAUCUCAUCGCCUUCGUCUUCGCCGUUGGCGCCGAACGACGCCGUAGCUCCGCUAAGGUGGUGGCUGAUCGGUACGACGAGAGGACCUACUGCGUCUACACUACGGACGCCUCGACGGUGUAUGGAUUGAUUGCUUUUGGUUUGCUGCUGCUUAGCCAGACUGUUCUCAACGGCGUUACUAGAUGUCUCUGCUUCGGGAAAGGCCUUCGUACAGGCACUUCAUCCACCACUUGGGCCAUCUUUUUCUUCGUUUUCUCCUGGAUAAGCUUUUUGGGAGCUGAGGCAUGUUUGCUGGCGGGAUCAGCACGGAAUGCAUACCACACCAAGUACCGAGGAAUCUUUGGCGGAGAUGACUUAUCAUGUGCUACCCUCAGGAAAGGUGUCUUCGCCGCUGGAGCUGCUCUCACUUUGUUGUCUUUGCUGGGAUCAAUCUUCUAUUACUGGGCUCACUCUAGAGCUGAUACCGGUGGAUGGGAGAAACAUCAGAAUGAAGGCCUUGGAAUGACCAGUUCUAGUUAUGCACAGCAGCCUCCUGAAUUUGGGAAGGUCUAACUCUCAUUGUGGUUUGGGUUGUUUCGUUUCCACAAUUUUUGGUGCUUUGUGUCGAGAGAGGUAUGGAUAGAUCAAGAAUUAAUGGACCAUAUGAGCUUGUGCAUGAAAUAUAAGUUACAUAGUUUUGCAGAUCAAAGACAAAUUAUGUAGGGUACUAUGGUUAUUAAUUGUUAAUAUUUACCAAUUUACUUAGCCUCGUUUCGGUGAUCA